AUGAGCACGUCUCUCGUCACAGUCUCCAGCGGGCGCCGGGGUGGUCGCGUUACCCUGCACGACAUCUGCGGGUACACCCACCAGGGCGUUCCCGCAUACAGCAAUGGCACCUCGAACACAUGGACAAACAAGAAGCACUACUGUGAAGGUAUCUUCAUGGGGUAUCAGUGGCAGUGUGUCGAGUUCGCCAGGCGGUGGCUCUGGACAACGCACCGACUGCUGCUGCCGGAGCGUAACUGCGCCUACUGCUUUUCCAGCUGCACGUACGUGUACCGACUCAAGGAGGACCCAUCACCGGCCUUGCAGCAGCCGCGUGUAGAAGCACCGACGGCUGCGUCAGAGGCCAGCGCUGGCUCGCCAUUGCCCUCCACGGAAGUGAAGACUUCGACAGGGGUGAUGCACUUCGGACCGCGAGAAAAUAAAAACGCGUGGGAGAAGGUGCCCGCCAAGUUCGUGAGGCAAGGCUCACGGGUGCCCCCAGCGGCGGAGAGCUUAAUUGUCUACCCGAUGAGCUUUGGCAGUCCGUGGGGGCAUAUCGGCGUCAUCACCGCUGUUGACCUGAAUCAAAACCUCGUCUGCGUAGCGGAUCAAAAUCGCUACUUCCACGACUGGAACGGCAAGCCAUACAGCGCCAUCUUUCAGCUGGAGUGCAACAAGGGGCGAUUCUACAUACGCGACCACGAGAGCGAGUGCACGGGGUGGCUCACAUUUCCAACCGUGGUGGAGGGGCACCAGCUGGGGCGGGUAACUGCGAGCCGCUGA